AUGUCCGUUUCUGAUCCAUGGGCUGACGUCAGUUUAUCCAAUAAUAGUGGCGCAACUAAAACUAUAGAUGCUGAAUUACAAUCUAUUGUUUCUUCCCUAAGUGCAUUAUCCAAUCCAACACAACUACAACAAUCAAAUAAUCAACAGUUUAUCGGUUCGUACAGAAGAGGUUCUAUCAACUCUAGCAGUGAUAUAGGAAGUGAUAUUCUAUUACACCAAACGUCUUCUAAUAACACUACUGGCAAUAAUGAAAGAAGCAAUAGCAACACUUCUCCUGUUUUGAGACGAACAACUUUAUCUGUAGGAGGGUUUUCCUUGAAUACUCCUAAUGGUGUUAAUAACAGGUUACUAAAUGGUGGAUACUCAGCUUCUAUUGCAGUACCACUGAACGUUGGCAAUACCACUAGCACAAAUGGUGUUGCUACUACUACAUCAUUAUUAAACACAAAUAUUAGUAUUACCAAUAAUAAUGCAUCGAAGGGUGGGUUUUUUGAACGUUUCGGUAAAACUUUAGUUGAACAAACCAGAGAGAUUGAGGCUUUACAACCAAUUAGCACCAAACUUACUGCUACCAAGAACACUGCAUCUAGUACUCCAGUAACUACAUUUUCUUCUAGAAGAGAGAGCUUUAAUAACCAUGAUAGUGCCUCUGGCCCUGGGUCUGGCAACCCCACUACUACUGUACCAAGUUUAUUAAUUAAUCAAGCUACUUCUAGACUUUUAAAUAGUAAUUCUGGUAACCACUCUGCUGAAACUUUAGUUAGUUCUUUAACCAAUGGUUUAAGUGAGGCUACUGCAGGUAAUGAAAACCAAGAUAAUAUUGCUGCCUCCGUGUCUUCAUCAUCUUCUCCUGGUACUACCACUACCACUACCACCAACAAUGGUGACAACAAUAACAACGUCCUUACACAAUGGAAUGUUGCAGAUACUCCCUCAUUUCAGCCUACUGGCUAUCCUUAUGGUCCUUUCCAACCAUUCCCCACUACAAUCCGGGCACCACCAUCUUCUACCAACCCUGCAAUGGCAAAUGCAGGUGAAGAGGACGGUUUGGGAUUUACAUCACUUAGCGGUGAUGGUAGACCAAAUUCCCCCAUGAGUUUCCACCUUGGUCGCAAUGCAGCCCAAGAUAGGGCUGUUUCGCCGCCUUCUAUGAUGUUCCCAAAUAAUCCAUAUUUGUACUUUAAUCCUACUGCUGCUGGCGCCAUUCCUCCUAUUUCAAGAGGUGAUUCUUCACCACCACCACCACCACCACAAAUGAUGCCACCCAUUAAUAUGAUGGUGAUGGAGAAUAAUAUACUUGAUAAUGGAAACACACUCUCUACCAACAAUAGUGAGUAUGCUGAUAAUACUAAUAGUAAUUACAUCAAUUCACGUGGCAGUAUUAGAAGCAACAACAACAACAACAACAACAACAACAACCGUAGGACUGGUAAUAGCAGUAAUAAUAAAGGGUUCAAUGGUAAAUUUAAAGGAAAUCCAUAUCUGAAGAAUACCAACGGUGCCAGUCGUGGUAAAUCCUUAUCUCCUCAGCCACCGCACUCUUCAUUUAUAGAGAAUGAUAUGUCAUCUUCAAGAGCAAAUGCUGCUUCCAUUUCUCUGGCUACCUCUUCGAUUAAUCACGCCAAUAGAAAUUCUUCAUUACCACGCCAAAAUUCAACUGGUCAGCACCAUAGCCAGCAUCGUAAUCCAGGCAAUACUGGUUAUAAUCAUAAUCAUAACAAUCACCAUAACAAUCAUCAUAACCACCAAAAUAAGCAGGUCAUUUAUAGAUCACCGUUAUUAGAAGAAUUUAGGAGCAAUUCUAGUAAGAAAACUUACACUUUAGGUGAUAUAUUUGGUUCAGUUUUGGAAUUUUCUAAGGAUCAACACGGUUCUCGUUUUAUCCAACAACAAUUACCCAUUGCCAAUGAUACUGAAAAGGAAAUGGUUUUUAACGAAAUUAGAGAUUAUACAAUUGAGCUAUGCUCUGAUGUUUUUGGUAAUUAUGUCAUUCAGAAAUUUUUUGAACAUGGCAACGAUAUUCAAAGGGCCACAUUGGUUGAGUCUCUGAAGGAGAAAAUACACAAUCUAUCUUUGCAGAUGUACGGUUGUCGCGUUAUUCAGCGUGCUUUAGAUUUUAUUAACGAGAAACAGAGGUGUGAUGUUAUUAAUGAGUUAUCUGAUUAUGUUUUAGAGUGUAUAAAAGAUCAAAAUGGUAAUCAUGUCAUUCAAAAAGCUAUCGAAACCAUUCCUAUAGAUAAAUUACCAUUUGUACUAGCUAGUUUAAAGGGCCAUAUUUAUCAUUUAUCGACACAUCCAUAUGGGUGCCGUGUAGUUCAGAGGCUUUUAGAAUUUGGUACUUUGGAAGAUCAAUCUCGAAUUUUAAAUGAAUUGAGUGAAUUUUUCCCAUAUUUAAUACAGGACCAAUAUGGGAACUAUGUUGUUCAACAUAUUUUGGAAGCUUCUGUAGAAUGUGGCUCAUUUGAAGAUAUUUUGAAAAGCAAGCAAAUAAUUAUUGACCUAAUUAGUAAUAGAAUCGUAGAUUAUUCCCGUCACAAGUUUGCCUCUAAUGUUGUGGAAAAAUCCAUUAUAUUAGGAAAUAAAGCCCAAAAAAAGCAAAUAUUGGAUCAAAUCUUACCUGCCAAUGAGGAAGCUGCUAGGAUUUUAGAUGAAAACGAACCAAUUGCUGUUAUGAUGAAGGAUCAGUUUGCUAAUUAUGUCAUUCAAAAGUUGGUUAGUAUAACUGAGGGUCAAGUUUAUAGGUUAGUCAUCAUUUCUAUCAAGUCAUAUUUGAGGCAAGUGGAUGAGCAGAGCCGUGCCCUUAAUGCCAGCAACACUAAUGCCAAUAUAAAUAACAACAAUGCCACUAACAGCCAAUUUCAUUCUGUAAAUAGCACCAAAUAUCAAAAUACUAAUAGUAACAAAAAGAAUAAACACUUGGCUAGUGUUGAAAAAUUAUCUGCAUUAGUAGAAAAUAUUGAAAUCUCAUAA